CUAUCCAGCAACAUGAAGUACAUCCUAGUAGUACUCGCCGCAUUGGCUCCCCUGACUGCAGCAGCCAGCCUGGGUGAACAGAAACCGGAGGCCAAUGCCUUCGUCAAAUCCCUGAGGGAACUGCAUCGAGGUCCUCCGGUGGAACCACUGAAAGCCCGGGCUAAGGUGGAGGAGCGCUGGAUCACCCAAAAGCUGGACAACUUCGAUGAUAGCAACAACGCCACCUGGCAGGACCGCAUUUACAUCAACAACAAGUACUUUGUGGAUGGCUCCCCCAUCUUCGUCUACCUGGGCGGCGAGUGGGCCAUCGAUCCCAGUGGCAUUACCUCUGGUCUCUGGAAGGACAUUGCCAAGAAGCACAACGGUUCCCUUCUCUACACCGAACAUCGUUUCUUUGGCGAGAGUAUCCCAAUAACUCCACUGUCCACUGAGAACCUGGAAAAGUACCAGAACGUCGAACAGGCUUUGGCCGAUGUGAUCAACGUGCUUGCUACCCUAAAACUGGAGGACAAGUACAAGGACUCCAAGGUUGUGGUCUCCGGCUGCUCCUACUCGGCCACCAUGGCCACCUGGAUCAGGAAACUCUACCCGGAAACCAUCAGGGGCAGCUGGGCCUCAUCGGCACCGAUCGUGGCCAAGGUGAACUUCAAGGACUACAUGCAGGUGGUUGGCGAGUCGUACGCAACCCUUGGAGGUCAAUAUUGCUACGAUCUGAUCGACAACGCCACCGCAUAUUACGAGAAUCUAUUCGAUAUUGGAAACGGAACUCAGGCAGCAAAGGAGCUUAAUCUGUGCUCCAACUUUGAUCCCGACAACUGGCAGGACCGCUGGCAGAUAUUCAGCACCAUUGCCAACAUUUUCGCCGGCAUUGCUCAGUACCAAAAGCCAGAGAAUUACGACAUUCCCAAGUACUGCUCGAUUCUUCGAGAAUUCAGUGAUGAUGAUGCUGAAGCCCUGUCCAAGUUCAUCAACUGGAAAAUCAAUGAGCACUCUGGCGCUUGUCUCAGCACAACUUUCAAAGGAGCUGUGGAGUACUACGAGUGGUCCAAGGAGAACUACGAAGAUAGCGACUUGCCUUGGAUUUUCCAAACCUGCAGCGAGUUCGGAUGGUUCCAGGGCUCGGGCAGCAAGAACCAACCUUUUGGAUCUACUUUCCCAGCUACCCUGUAUGAAGACACCUGCGAGGGAGUCUUUGGAUCGAAGUACGACUCCGCUGGCAUCCACGCCAAAAUCCGGGCUACCAACAAGGAAUUUGGAGGCCUGGACGUUAACGCCACAAAUAUCUACUUUGUGCAGGGAGCUCUUGACGGUUGGAGCAAGGUGGGUGCCGGAGUUGCCCAAGGAGCCACCAUUAUUCCCUACGCCUCCCAUUGCCCCGACACUGGAUCGAUCAGUGCGAGCGAUAGUGCCGACCUGGUGGCCUCCAAGGAGAAGCUGAUCAAGCUGGUGGCCAAAUGGCUGGAAGACUAAUAUCUCAAUUGACGAAUUUAAUUUAAAUUUUAGAGGUUAUCACACUAUUAUUUUGGUUUAAAACUUACAAUUAUUUAAUCACAUAUAUAUUUUUGCUUAAUAAAACGAAUACCUAAAAUA